GAGAAAACCCCUAAAAACCGCGCCUGUUUCAGACCUGCAGAAUCUUUGGUCCAAAUUUCCUACCAUAUUUUCCUGAAAUUCGUUUGCUUUUGAUUAAUUUUGUUUUUGUUUCUGAAAAAGAAAAUGAUGGGCUCGGAGAACCCAGGUGAAGCCCAACUCCAAGCUCAAAGAGUGGCUCCAAUGGAGAGCUUGACACUCGAAGAUGCAGAAGAUUUCAUCUCCAAAUCAUACGCUAGUUAUCGGAGCGCCUUGUCAACGCUUUCCUGCUCCCACCAUCCCCUAUCGCCGUCGAUCGUCUCCGGCGGCGCCGAUCCGAUCCUCUCCCCUCUCGGAGCAUCAACUUCUCCGCGGAAAAGUUAUGCCGAAUCUCUAUCUUAUGCUGAUGUGCACUUCAACCCACUCGAUCAACGCGGCGAAGCGGUCAAUGGCAGGCGCAGCCAUGUCAGAGACGACGGUGAGUCCGCCGUGGCCACUAGAUCCCCAUCCUCGAGCUCCGAGUAUUUGAAAAUAUUGGUUUCCAAUCCACAAAAAGAGGUGGAGACCUCCAAUUCAAUUGUUCCCGGAGGCAACACUUUCGUUACCUACUCCAUUACUACCAAAACGAACAUGCCUGAGUAUGGUGGAUCUGAAUUUAGCGUCAGGAGGCGGUUCAGAGACGUAGUAGCAUUGGCGGAUGAAUUGAGUAAGGCUUACAGAGGGUUUUUUGUUCCUCCGAGACCGGAAAAGAGUGUCGUGGAAAGUCAAGUGAUGCAAAAGCAUGAAUUUGUGGAACUAAGGAGAGUGGCAUUGGAGAAGUAUUUGACGAGGCUCGCAGCACAUCCUGUGAUCAGGAAGAGCAAUGAGUUGCGAGCGUUCUUGCAGGUUCAGGGGAAGCUUCUCUUCCCAAUGCAGUUGCUUAACGACUCAAUGAAUGCAGCAGUUCAGACGCAGGAUACGUCACAACCAGCAAGAGGUGGAAGGGAUUUGCUGAAAUUGUUUAAGGAAUUGAAACAGUCAGUUGUUAAUGAUUGGGGAGGUGGAUCAAGGCCGCUUGUGGUGGGAGAUGAUAAGGAGUUUUUGGAGAAGAAAGAGAGACUCAAUGAGCUUGAGCAACACCUGACUUUUGCAUCAAAGCAGGCUGAAUUGUUUGUUAAACAACAACAAGACAUGUCAGAGACCACGGGGCAAUUAGGACUAGCAUUCCUUAAAUUGAUGAAAUUUGAGAAUGAGAGGGCAAUGUUGAACACUCAGAAACAAAGAGCUGCUGAUUUGAAAAAUGUGACAACAGCGGCUGUCAAAGUGAGCAGAUUGUACCGGGAACUGAAUGCACAGAGUGUGAAGCAUUUGGAUGUACUUCAUGAGCAUCUGGGGUUAAUGUUGGCAGUGCAUGAUGCAUUUUCCGAUCGUUCAAGCGCUCUACUAACAGUACAGAAUCUUCUAUCAGAUUUGUCCUCUCUAAAUUCAAAGGCCGAGAAACUUGAAACAACCUCUCCCAAAAAAAUUGGAGGUGAAAGAUCAAAGAUUCAAAAAAUGGAUGAAUUGAAAGAUGCUAUUACAGCCACAGAGGAUGCCAAAAGCUGUGCCAUCAGAGAAUAUGAGCGUAUCAAGGAAAAUAAUAGAAGUGAAAUUGAAAGACUAGAUAGAGAAAGACGCAAAGACUUCACAAGUAUGUUGAAAGGAUUUGUGAUUAGUCAGGUCGCUUGCUUCGAAAAAAUUGGAACAGAAUGGGCGAAAGUGGCAGAGGAAACUAGCGGAUAUGCCAAAGCUAGCUCAUAGUCAUAGUAUGCUUUUGUAAACCAGAUUUGACCUUCAGUACUUUACUAGGGGACAAUAAAACCUCAAAGAAGGAAAGCAAAUACAGAGUAUUACACUUGAACUUUCAUCAAACUUCCAUUUGUAGCUUUAGUGGCCUUCAGCUAACAUCUAUUGUAAAUUUCCUGCCUGAAUUUUGGUCACCAUCAUGAAGGUUAGUACUUCACUUCAGUAUUCAUGCAAUUGCUAAUGAUGGGAGUACUUUUCAUUGUCACUUUUAGCCAUUGCUUUGCUCCUUCCCCUGUCUAGUUCUCAUAUAAGUUUAGCUUUAGACCUUUACCCACAUAUGAUGAAUGAAUGGGAGAUACGGGA